AGUAACAACAGCACCUUCCACUCUUUCUCCAACUACACACAAAACAUCGAAAAGAUGAAGCUCUUCACAGCCACUGCUCUCGCUCUUGCUGCCACUUCGCAGCUCGCUUCUGGUUACGCCAUCAAGAGUGACGGUGUCAACUGCCGUUCUGGACCUGGCACCAGCUACGGCGUCGUUCGCUCAUACAGCAGCAGUGACGACGUCACUCUCUCGUGCCAGACUUCCGGCGAGACCAUCAAGGGCGACUCCCUCUGGGACAAGACCCAGCACGGCUGCUAUGUCGCCGACUACUAUGUCAAGACUGGCAGCAGCGGCUACGUCACCACAAAGUGCGAUUCCACUGGUGGUGGAUCCACGGGCGGCGGUGGCUCUACUGGUGGGGGCUCUUCCAACGGAUACUGCAAGAGUGAGUUCGAGGGCUUCGUCAAGAGCCCGGCUCCCGAUCCCAUUGGUCUGCCCACCGUCGGCUACGGCCACCUGUGCCAGACCAAGGGCUGCAAGGAGGUCAAGUACAAGUUCCCGCUGACACUGGCCACCGCUGAGGCUCUGCUCAAGGACGAUAUCCCCAAGUACACAUGCCUGGGCAACUACCUGAAUGGCAAUGUCAAGCUCAAUGACUACCAGUGGGGUGCGCUGGUGUCGUGGGUGUUCAACGUUGGCUGCGGCGGAGCCAAGUCAUCGAACCUGGUCAAGCGUCUGAAUGCUGGUGAGAACCCGAACACCGGUGAUUGCCGGCGAGCUGCCCAAGUGGAACAAGGCUGGUGGCCGUGUUCUGUCUGGCCUGACGCGCCGCCGCAAUGCCGAGGUCAAGCUUGCUCAAACUCCCACCAAUGCCAGGCCUACCCCAACUGCUCGUGAGCAAAAAAUAUCCAACUGUAAUUAUCUUUUCUUCCUUUCAUCUCCAAUAUCAACAUUUCUCAAAC